AGGCUUCCAAGUGCAGAGCGCGGGCACUUCCCAGGGUGCCAGGGCAGCACAGGGCCAUACUUGGCCAUCCUCGGCCUCUUUCCCAAGAGCCAUCAUCUCCUGACAUUGAACUAAAGAUAGUUACAUCAUCUGGGUUACACAGUAACUUUUUCACCAAUCUUAAUACAUUGUUUUCCGUUCGCCACAAGACAGAACUUGAUACAUUGUCUCAAUUAGCUGGGAGCAUGCUCCAACCCUCGACACUUUACUAUAGUGCGCAGUAAGAUGUAGGGACUGAAUCUCAGCCUGGAGAGGAUAGAAUGUUGCAAUGAGUCUCUGAUUUGCUUCACUUGGGAACCAGCACUGUGGCCCCUGUGUGAGGACCUGACCCUGGGCACAUGCAGUAGCGUGUUGAGACCAGUCCAAGACAUUUCCCACCCUAUGUAGUGUCCUGUAGCCUCUGGCCACCUGAAUUAUGGGGGAGACUGAUGACGACAAGCAGGGCCAAGCCGGACAGCUCUUUGAAAACUUUAUCCAGGCCACAACGUGUAAAGGAACCCUGCAGGCCUUUAACAUCCUUACCCGGCAGCUGGACCUAGACCCCAAAGACUAUCGUCACUUCUACAGCAAGCUCAAGUCCAAGGUCACCAGCUGGAAAGCCAAAGCCUUAUGGAGCAAACUGGAUAAACGCUACAGCCAGAAGGAAUACAAGAAAGGGAGGGUGUGCGUGGGGACAAAGUGUUUGAUAAUUGGCGGGGGCCCCUGCGGACUGCGGACGGCCAUUGAACUGGCCUGUUUAGGAGCCAAAGUGGUUGUGGUGGAGAAGAGAGACACGUUCUCCCGGAACAAUGUGCUCCACCUCUGGCCUUACACCAUCCACGACCUCCGCUGCCUCGGAGCCAAGAAGUUCUACGGAAAGUUCUGCGCAGGAGCCAUCGAUCAUAUAAGUAUCUGGCAGCUGCAGCUCAUGUUGUUUAAGAUUGCGCUUCUGCACGGCAUUGAGAUCCACGUGAACGUCGAAUUCGGCAAAGUCCUGGAACCGGCAGAGGAUCAAGAGAAUCUGAAAAUAGGCUGGAGGGCGGAAUAUCUUCCUCAGGACCAUCCGUUAUCGGACUAUGAGUUUGAUGUCAUUAUCGGGGCUGACGGGCGCAGGAACACCCUCGAAGGAUUCAAGAGGAAGGAAUUUCGAGGUAAACUGGCCAUCGCCAUCACUGCCAACUUCAUCAACAGGAACACGACGGCGGAGGCCAAAGUGGAGGAGAUCAGCGGAGUCGCCUUCAUCUUCAAUCAGAAAUUCUUUCAAGACUUGAAGGAAGAAACAGGGAUCGAUCUUGAGAACAUUGUGUACUACAAGGACAGUACGCACUACUUUGUAAUGACGGCAAAGAAGCAAAGUCUCCUCGAUAAAGGCGUCAUCCUGAAUGAUUAUGCCGAUGCAGAGAUGCUGCUGUGUGCGGAGAACGUAGAUCAGGAGAGCCUGCAGUCCUAUGCAAGAGAAGCUGCCGACUUUGCCACCAAUUACCAGUUGCCGUCUUUGGACUUUGCCAUCAAUCAUUAUGGGCAGCCAGAUGUGGCCAUGUUUGACUUUACCUCUAUGUACGCCUCUGAAAAUGCGGCGCUGGUCAGGGAACGCCACGGGCAUCACCUGCUGGUGGCGCUCGUCGGGGACAGCCUGCUUGAGCCCUUCUGGCCGAUGGGGACGGGCUGCGCCCGUGGGUUUCUGGCGGCGUUUGAUACAGCCUGGAUGGUGAGGAGUUGGUCCCAGGGGACUCCACCCCUCGAGAUCCUGGCUGAACGGGAGAGUAUCUACCGCCUACUACCUCAGACUACACCCGAAAACAUCAGCAAGAACUUUGACCAGUAUACGAUCGACCCCGCAACUCGAUAUCCCAACCUCAACUCCAACUGCGUCCGCACUCUGCAGGUGAAGCACUUAUACUUCACUGGGGAGUUACAUGGAUGUCCUCUGGAGAGAGCCAGCUCCAUCAGAAGAUCAGUGGGGAUAAGCCGGCACGAAUCUGAUAUUCGACCCAACAAGCUCCUAACCUGGUGUCAGAAGCAGACUGAAGGCUACAGGAACGUGAACGUCACAAACCUCACCAGCUCCUGGAGGAGCGGCCUCGCACUUUGUGCCAUUAUCCACCAUUUCCGGCCAGAUCUUAUUGACUUUCACUCUUUGAACGAGGACGACGCCGUCAGGAACAACCAGCUGGCGUUUGAUAUCGCGGAAAAAGAGUUUGGAAUCUCGCCCAUCACCACGGGGAAGGAGAUGGCGUCCACCGAGGAGCCAGAUAAGCUCAGCAUGGUCCUGUACCUCUCCAAGUUCUAUGAAUUAUUCCGGGGCGCCCCCCUGAGGCCCAUCGAAUCCUCCCCCAAGGACAAUGGGAAGAAUGGAAAGGCGUACUCCUCCAAACCAUCCAGUCUGCUCAGCAACAAUUACCUCAAUUUAACAUUACCCAGAAAGAGAGUGCCAAAGGGAGAAAAUAAAUCUGAGGAGAACGAUGUGAACAAGAGGAGGAGGAGGACGAUGCAGCUCUUUGAUGAGUCGGGGAACUUUUCAAGUGAAAACAUCAAUUCUGUCACGGAGUGCAGCGACACGAAGGAGGUGAUUAAUCAGAAUAAAGUCAAGUCCAUGGCUACUCAGCUACUGGCCAAGUUCGAGGAGAAUGCGCCAAAUUCAUCAUUACGGAGACAGUUUCAGGCAGUGACUAGAUCCCAGCAGCUGGCCCGACAUCUGCCAACCUUGCCUGCCACAGCUGCUGUGACCAGAGAGACAGCCAGGCCUGCCCCAGCUGCUGUGACCAGAGAGAGACACUCUAGAGAAGAGACAGCCAGCCCUCCCAGUCCUGCUGAAAGUGAAGACUCUCUCACCGCUUCCUAUCCUUCCAUUCUUGCUCUGUCCGGAAUCUUAGAGCGUCUGCAGCACAUUGAGGAGAGGGCUCAGCAGAGAAGAGCUCAGGCUUUAGCCAUAAGAGAUUUUCAUAAAAAGAAUAUUAAGGAGAAAGCCGCGCACUUGGCCUCCAUGUUUGAAAGUCCGAAUUUCCUGCAGAAUAAACUCGUCUCCGACAGUCUGUCCCACUGUUCGUCUGAACUUCCUUUAUACAAAUCACAAGUUUCUGAUCUGACGGCUCCAUCAUCGCCGUCCAUCUCUGACCACGCCCACCGCGACUUUCCAUCAGAGAAGAUGAAACCCCCAUCCUCCGGCGUGUCCUAUAAUCCAUCUCCAUUUCCUUCUCCUGUUCCUUCAUUUUCUGACCUUUCUCCAUCAUCCCCCAGCGAUUCUCAGCCUAAAAAGGUCGUAGAACACAGAACAAGCAGCGGUGAGCCCAGGAUAAAACAGCGGUUAUUUCUCCCUGAUCCGGAACAGAUGACUGUAGGGAAUGUGUCCAGCAGGAUAGGUGCGGUAGCAGAAGUCCUUGUCAAUCUUUACAUGAGCGAUCACAAAUCUAAAACCAGGUCUCCCGAGCUGACUUCUCUGGAGGGAGCGGUGACUGAGCUCUUAGACGAUUCCUCUUCUUCUUCUUCUCCUUCUUCUGUCUCUCCUCUCCACAAGGGAUCUUUACGGAAGGAAUUCCCCUCGAAUAUCGGCGGCAGCGACACGUGUUACUUCUGUAAGAAACGCGUUUACGUGGUGGAGCGGCUGAGCGCCGAGGGACACUUUUUCCAUCGAGAAUGUUUCAAGUGUUCAUUCUGCUCGUCCGUUCUCCGUCUGGGAAAUUACGUCUUCAACGUGGAAGAAGGUAAAUUUUACUGCCAGCCGCACUUCAUGCACUCAUUCUCGAGCAGUAAACAGCGCAAGCGCAGAACGGAUUCAAAAGCCCAGGAUCCGGAUAAAACAUGGAAAAAGGAAGAAGCCAUAACUGCGGAGGUCACGACGGACAGUCCCUGUAGCGCCGGCAGCAGUUCAGAGGACAGCUCCCCAGAUGAACCAUCUUCACCCAAGAAAUCCCGGAGUGAUUCAUUCUUUAAGAUUUUCAAGAGAAGAAGUUCAUCUGUGUCUACGGAGUGGAAAUCAGUCAGGAUUGGCCCAGAGGAGGAGACAGCUGAUAAUAACCUGCUGGCCGUCCGUGUCAUGGUGCUGAGCGAUGAGAGCAGCUCGGAUGCAGAGAAUCGCCCGGAGGAGAAGCCUGGAAAGACACAUUGCAGGCAAUUGUCAUUCCGGAAGAAGAAGGAGUCUGCUCCCCUGGGAACCUCAGGGAGUCGCAGGGAAGCGCAGGGGGAUAGCGCUCACCCAUCCAAAGCUACAGACGCUCUCGUUCGCACAAGCAACAUCCCAGCUGUGACAGCAAACAAAUCUCAAAGGUGGAGGCAGAAAAUUCAGUCCACUUUUCCUCUUCUCAUUGCUAAAAGAUUGUCUCACGUCUCCAGAGACGGCUCCUGCUCUCCGGACGAUGAGGUGUUCACCAAAAACACAUCUGAACAUUUUAGUGAGCCCCAUAUUCCAAGCUUGAAGGAGCCAGAAGAGGACGACCAACCCAUACCGUCAUAUAUACCCCAUCACAAGGUCCUUCACACCAAUAGUACUGCCUUGAAACAUGGAGAGCAAGGGUCAUUAGCAACUUUAACACCAGCUUCCAGCCAUCGGCAUUCCUACCAGAAGAACAAGCUGGAUGGAUAUAGAGAUGUAGACAUUGGUAAUGAUCUUCUCUCGGGUAAUCUCAGUGACCACAGUGAUGUUUUUGAGAAUGAUGAGAAACGAGAUGAAGUCUCUAAGCAAGACAGGUCGAUACAAGAAGAAGGGAAACCCCAAAAUCCAACUCUUAAAAAAUUAGUCCUCUCCAAUGAGGAAAAAUCUAAGCUUCUCGAUUGGAGCUCUACAAAACCAAGACCAACGGUCAAAGCUGUGAAGGAACAAACCCUUUCUCAUGUCAAUCAUGACCCUGGUGGGGAGCCAGAGAGCAAAGGCAAAUCAGCCUUCGCCAUAUUAUCCAAUGCGAUCAAGAGAUCAUUCACCCGAUCCAGCAGUUCUGCCCCCGACAGCCCCAAAAACAUUACAUCUGAUAAAUCAAAGCCAGUAUCUGCAACCAGCUACUUGGAUAUUCCUGGUUCUUUUUUCGGGAGAAGUCAUAGCAAUUUGGAAAGUUAUAUUAACCCCAAUGACACUGAGAUGGGUUUCAUGUCCUCCUCCCACCAUGAUUUCAAGGGGUCCACUGACCCCAGCUCUUCAAACAUUGGCUUUGGAUCUUCUCAAAAACCAAAACAAGACUCUUCGAAAGUGGAGGACAUGCCAAAGAUGUUGGAAAAGUUCAGUAUUAGGGAAAAUCAACCAAGUAGUGCAAUAACCGACCUACCUUUCAGGAACAGAAAAGGUUCCAUCUUCUCUUCUCUCAGACUGACAAACAAAAACUCACAGAAUCCCUUAAAUGCUCCAUCAAAUGACUUUUGGCACGUUCCAUGGACCUUCCGGAGGAAAGUAAACGAGAAAGAAGUGGAGCAGAAGCCCCGUGCGAGUUCUAUAGCUGCCUCAAAUUUUCAAAUAAUGACCCAACGAGAUGUGAAUGAUGUCAGAGGAACAAAAUCGGAGAAUUACAGCAGCUCAUCCGAUGAGGAAAGCACAAGAGGGCGAUCUGCUUCAUUUAAGAGCGUCCCGGCAUCGAGGCGGAAAAGAAGGAUGGAAAAAGAAGCGAGACUGCGAGCAAAGCAGGAAGAGCUCAAGAGGCUACACAAAGCCCAGACGAUACAGCGCCAGCUCCAGGAAACGGAAGAGAAGCAUCGAGCACUCGACACACAAGGCAUCAAGCUGGAGAAGGCUCUUCGAGGGGAAACAGAUUCAGGCGCACAGGAUGAGGCCCGGCUGCUGCGCGACUGGUUCCAGCUUGCCCUAGAAAAGAGUAAAUUGAAUCGUUACGAGUCUGAGCUUUUAUCCGUAGCGAGAGAAUUAGAGCUGGAGGAUCAACAAGGACGAUUAGAACAAAAGUAUCGAGAGAAGAUGAUGAUCGACCCGGCACUCAAAGACAAGGAGGACAUUGCAGAAGAAGAGGAGAUAUUUGCCGAGAUGAUGAGAGUCAUUGAGCAGAGAGAUCAACUUGUAAUGCGCAUUGAUGAACAAAGGCUUCGGGAUAACUUGGAGGAGAAAAACCUGCAGGACUUUCCUCUACCCAAAGACUACGAGCUGAAGACGACCAGCCUCAACAGCAGGAGGUUCAUUUAAAGAGACGGCGCUCAGGUCACAUCCGCGAGUCCAAAGCUGGACAAUAAUGCAUUAUUGUCUUCGCUACUAACACAGCUCCAGUGAUACAUUGUAUCCUUCCCUCAUCAGUCAGGAAACCAUAUGGACUGAGUAAAUGUUUAGGAACCAGUGUAAUAUUUCUGCAGGUUCAUCCACGAUGAGCAAUGCCUCAUGUGCAGAUGGUGGCUCGUGGCUCGGUGGCUGGGAUGGGGAGGGGAAAUCCUCCAGCAGUAAAGGCCACAAUAUAUCAUGGGCAUUGAACAAGACAUUGGAUGGUGGCUCCUGGCUGAAGGCAGGUGCUCAGCUGUUUUCUAGAUUCCAAGAGAAGUGGAGUAUGUUGAGAGUUGUAGUUUAAGAGCACCUGGCGUCCCAGUGGUUGCUGACUCCUGCUCUAGUGUCUGCUGCUCGUAUUAGAAAUAUAGGGCUUUCUGUAGUUUGCUACGAAGCCCUGUGAUUCCCAUACGUACCUUUGUAAAUAGAUCUAUACAGUAUAUGCAUAUACUAUAAGACACUAUACAGUACGUUAGUAGAUACUCAGAGAGCUGCACUGUGGCCCCUUAGUGUGCACUGUGGCCCCACCAGUGUGGAAUUCAGUCCGGGUGCUAUUUUAUGCCAAGGUUCUGCAACUUUCUAAUUUAUUUAGUUUUUAUCAAGUCUGUAGUAUUUGAAUGACUCUUGCUUGCCAUCAGUGAAUGGUAACUGGAAAUCCAUCCUGAUCCUGACUGCAGGAUUCAUUACAAAUCUACCCCUUCUCCUAGUUCAGGUUUAUGGCCAUGAUGUAUGUCUUUUAUAAACCUCACUGUGUCACAAAGUAUCAGUUACUGCAAGGAGCUCCAUAUCUGGGAUGGUUCGACCUGAUCAGCCUGUUUGUAUUCACUGACAGCAAGCAGAAGUUUUUACCAUGAUGAAGAAUUCAAGCACAAAAUAACUUAGGAUGUCGCGCAAUGUUUCAUUAAACAGCGAUUAAGCUUCAUUUACAUAAGAUUUAAUGGCGACAUUUCCCUGCAGUGUUGAUGAUGAGGAGGGUGAAGGUAGCCGGGCGAGCUUACCGCAAUUCUCUUGGCAUUGAGUGCUCCUGCAGUGUUGGGCCAAGAUGGCUUUCUAGGAGGUGAAGCAAUUUAUGAUGUUCACACAGGGUAUUUUGGGGGGCAUUUUUAAUGCAGAAUCCAUAUAAUGCUGGGAGUGAAUGGCCAGAGAUUGUUUCGUUGUGUCUUUUGGGUGUUUUUAGAUGUUCUUGGACUCACAGUCAAUGGACGCAGAUACACUCUUCACAUGCAGUAAUGCCUAUUUCCAUAGAAGCAGCACUA